AUGAUGAUGGAGAUGGAGGAGCUGGGUCUGUCAGAACUCCAUGCCCACCUGAAUGGAUCUAUCAGUGUGGCCACCAUGGAGCGACUCAUCGCUCGCAAGCCUCAUCUCAACAUCAAGCACAGCAUGACUGCUAUCCAUAAGGGCCAGCGGAGGACCCUGGACGAGUGCUUUCAGGUUUUCAAAGUGAUACACCAGCUUGUUGAUUCAGAAGAAGACCUCCUUAUGGCUGCCAAAGCAGUUAUUCGGGAGUUUUCCGAAGAUGGUGUGAGGUACCUGGAGUUAAGAAGCACACCCCGCGUGGAAACGAACACUGGUCUGACAAAGAGAAAGUACGUGGAAACGGUCAUUGAAGCCAUUCGUCAAUGUAAGCAAGAGGAUGUGGACAUUGACGUCAGGUUUCUUGUGGCGGUGGAUCGAAGAAAUGGACCUGAGGUUGCCAUGGAGACCGUCAAGCUUGCUGAAGAUUACAUGCUAUCUAGUGAGGGGAUUGUUGUUGGGAUGGACCUUAGUGGUGAUCCAAUGGUAGGACAUGGAAAAGACCUACUGCCAGCCUUACAGAAAGCCAGGAACUGUGGGCUGAAGCUGGCUCUCCACAUGUCAGAGGUCCCUUGCCAGAAGGAGGAGUCAGAGCUGCUGCUGACCCUGCCCCCGGACAGGAUCGGCCACGGAACUUUCCUUCACCCAGAAGUCGGCGGAUCUUGGAGUCUCGUGCACAAAGUGAGAGAGGGAAACAUUCCCUUGGAAUUGUGCUUGACUUCAAACAUCAUGGGCAAGACUGUGGAGUCCUACGAGAAGCACCAUUUCCCAUACUGGUACAAGUUGGGACACCCCUGUGUGCUAUGUACCGAUGAUAAGGGAGUGUUCAGCACCAGUCUUUCCCAGGAGUACCAACUAGCGGCAUCCACCUUUGGACUGGACCAGGAAGCUCUGUGGAUACUGUCGCAGCAAGCCAUCAGUUGCAGCUUUGCUCCUGAGGCAAUCAAGCAGCAGUUGGAGAAGAGGUGGGCAGAACAGCGGUCCCAGCUCCUCUGCUGAACAUCUUGGGUCAUCGGAGUACCUCCAUAAACUGGCAGAAAAGCCAUGACUUCAGAGGAACUAAGCUUUAAGAAGUACAGUUUGACUGCACCUAGGAAAUGACAGGAACUAGACAGACAAAAAAUAAUUGUCCCGUAUCUCUGGCAAUUACUGCAGAUGAGCUGGAAGACAU